AUGUACGGUCCUGCAGAAGCAACCAUAGAUUGUACAGUUCACCGUAUCCACGUUACAAGUACUAUACAGAGCAUUCCAAUUGGCUCGCCACUCUCUAAUUAUCGAUGUAUGAUUAUGAGUGAAUAUUUACAAUCAUCUGCCACCAAUCAAGAAGGUGAACUGUGUGUAGGAGGAGCAGGUGUCUUUGCUGGUUAUCUUGGACGUGAUGAUUUAACUGCAAAAGUUCUUGUUGAAAUAGAUGGCGAUCUAUUUUAUCGAACAGGUGAUCUUGUUACAAUGGAUAACAAUGGUCUUCUUCAUUAUCAAGGAAGAAAAGAUCAUCAAAUCAAACUUCAUGGACAAAGAAUAGAACUUGGUGAAAUCGAACGAUGUUUACUUAACAUUAUAUCUAUUUCUGCUUGUGUUGUCAUGAAGUGGAAUGAUGAUUAUUUAGUUGCGUAUGUUCAAUCUUCUUCUCAUAUCAAUGAAGAAAAACUACGUGAACAUUGUCAAUCUCAUCUUCCACCUCAUAUGAUUCCAUCGUUUUUUGUUAUACUUGACAAAUUACCAUUGAACUUAAAUGGAAAAAUAGAUCGAAAACUUCUACCGCCACCUGAUUUGUCGUCGUCAAGUCAUACUCAUGAUAAUAAUGUACCGCGCACCACCUUAGAACAACAGUUACAAGAUAUAUUUAGUCAAGCUAUACAUAUUGAAUCCCCUGAUGUUGAAGUUCCUUUUGGUCAACUUGGUGGAACGUCAUUGAGUGCUAUCCAUGCACUUACAUUGAUCCGUCAACAGGUCUCUAAUAAAGUUCAAACCGGUCUUUUAUUUACUAAUUCAUCUAUUCGACAAUUGGCUCAAGCAAUAGAACCUAUAUUAGCUUUGGAAGAACUACAAGAGACAGCUUCCGAAGUGAAUGAAAUUCAUGGGACAGAUGUUCAACGGACAUAG